AUGGGAGCCCCUAUUAAUCUUUACGGGGUCCAUGGCAAGAAUGCUUUACAAGAGGCGUCAUCAAGAGGGGCACUGCUGGUGGUACAAUUCUUACUCGACCAAGGCGCGGAUGCGAACGCUCCCGCGCAUGACGAUGGCGGCCGCACGGCUUUGCAAACAGCUGUUGAAUCUGGUCACGAUGACAUCGCAAAGUGUCUUCUAGAUGCCAAAGCUGAUGUCAGAGCACCUCCCGCCAAGCAGAGGGGUAUGACUGUUCUCGAGGCAUUCACCUAUUCCAGUUCAUAUUUGUCUACUAAGGGAUUCCGAGACUGGCUGUCUCGAGGCGCACCGAUCAACCGUCCAGGUGGUGAUUAUGGAAAUGUCCUCCAUCUUCUUGUCCGCCAGCUUUCCAAGCCUGCCAGCAAAUGCCUCGAUCUAGCACUGCAAGCAGAAGCUCGAAUCGAGGACAAAGAUCAGUUUGAUUGUGGCCAAAAGACGCCACUGCAGGUUGCAGCCGAAGUUGGAAACUUGGAUUAUGCUCGCCUACUGCUCAAGUACGGGGCGCAAGUCAACGCUGCCCCGGGUGAUGAAUUUGGCCGGACAGCUCUGCAAGCGGCGGCAUGCGGGAUGAGGCCUGCAGACACACCUGCAAUGGUCGAACUUCUGUUGUCGGUCGGCGCAGAUGUCCACGCGCCCCCAGCAAAGAAAGGCGGCAUCACAGCACUUCAAGGUGCAGCUAUCAGCGGCGAUAUCAGCAUUGCCCAACAGUUAAUCGACCACGGAGCGGACGUCAACGCUGCGCCCGCGGUCGAGGAGGGCCGAACCGCACAUGGCCGGCUUGACAUGGUCCGGUUCUUGAUCAGCGUCGGCGCCGUACCGGACACGGAGAAGGGCUUCAGCAGAGCAAUCGAGCUAGCUGAGAAUGAAAACCACUUGACAAUCGCGGAUUUCUCGCGCGAGCAGCAGGAGUUGUUUGCUGGAUUCAGCACGGGGAUGGGCGAUAUGUUUAGCGGAGACCUUUUCUCUCAGGGGCCGAAGCAGGGAUUCGUGUCUGAUGAGAAUUUAGGGGACUUUGCUUUUCCCAUGAAGAGGGUUUAG